GAAUCUUGCUCGUGUUGAGAUUGGCGGUUUGUGCCAUGUGCCCUGCGAACUGCAGCACAUAAGUCUCCAAUGCCGGCGCUGCCCGUCCCCUGUCGGGAGAUCCUGGCGGAGGCGCUCAAGGACACCUUGCAGCGAGUGCCCAUCGCGGAUCCUUCGGUCCACUUCGAUGGCUUCUUCACCUUGGCCGCCCUCAGGGCGUUGAUGAUGCUCUUCAUCCUUUUGGGGAUCCUUCUCCUUGCGGUCUGGAGAAUUGCCGAGAUCGCGGAGCCAGAUCCAGUUCCAGAAGUUUCCCAGAAACCGAGGAGCCACUUGGCGGUGGACAAGCUCCUGCAGGUGGCUGCACCGCCGAGCACACUUCCGAGCACGCUCCCAACUGGUCGAGGGCCGACACAUUUGCCGGAGAUUUGCCCUCCCUACAUGAGAGCCACCCAAGGAGCCGAGCUCUCUUUGCGCAGCACUCUGGGCGCGCUGCCCAAGACGGGCGCGGAGGUCUAUGGCCUGGGCGGCAUGGUGAAGAGGGGCAGCCCCACGUGCCUCUUGACGGCGCAGCUGCGAGAAGGAAAUGGCGACGGCCGCUGGCUGGAGCUGCGAGAGAAGGAGCCUGGGACGUCUCAGGAGGAGCCCGGGAAGGUCUUGCUGAGCGCCACCGAGACGAUGGAACUUUGGAAGGGCGAGGUGAACUCAGGAGAGCACCUGGGCACCAUGCAACGCAGCACGGAAGGACGGGGGUGCCUGCGGCAACGCUUCCUGCUGGGCACGGGCGAGCAGGCAGUGGCGCUCUCGGUGGGCGCUGAGCAGUUGGAAUUGGGUCUGGCGUCGGGGCGGCUGCUGGCAAGCUGUCGAAGAGCCGACCUGUGCAUCACGGUGAAACCAGAGAUCGAUGCUGUCUUUGCACUGGGAUGCAUCCUGAUGAUCCUGGCCUUUGACUCGGCCCCACCAGUGCCUGGCAGUGACGAGUGAUGAGAAACAAAUGGAAAACAGUGAGGAGCGUCGACUGUCGACACAGAUUCGUACGGAGUUCGGAGUGGACACGGAUGAGCUGGCCUCCAACCUACUAGCGAUGGCCUCCAACAGCUAGCAGAAUUUUGAUUGCUCCUUCUUGAAGGCACUUCUGAGAAAGCGGCCAAGCGGCCAUCCCUGUCAAGUGCGAGACGCUUUGCAUGGGCGUGGGCCAUGCCCCCAUUAUAUAGAUAAUAUAG